AUGAGUAUUGGAGUUUUGGUUUCUGGUUUAUUAUUUUCACUUUGUUGCUGUGAGUGGGUUUAUUUUGUUAGAGGUUAUCAAUUCAUGGAAGGAAGCAGUAAUCCAGGGGGAAAUGAAUCCGUGGAGGAACUUCAUACUUCAACAUUUACUUGGCGGAUUGAGAAUUUCUCUAGGCUAAUUGUGAAGAAGAAAUAUUCAGAAACAUUUGUCGUUGGAGGAUACAAAUGGCGGAUUCUUGUUUUCCCAAAGGGUAACAACAAUGACUGUUUGUCUGUGUAUCUGGAUGUUGCAGAUUCAGCUGGUUUAGCGUAUGGGUGGAGUAGAUACGCUCAGUUCGGUCUUUCUGUAAUUAAUCAACUGCACACUAGGUACACGAUCAGAAAAGAUACUCAACACAAUUUCAAUGCCCAAGAAAGUGAUUGGGGUUUUACAAAUUUUAUGCCAUUAACUGAAUUGUACGAUCCAAACAGACGCUAUCUCGUCAAUGAUACGUGUAUAAUUGAAGCCAAUGUCUCCGUAUGUGUGACAGUGAGUCGUCCGUUGUAUGACUCGAAAAAGGAAACCGGUUUUGUUGGAUUCAAUAGUCAAGGAGCAACUUGCUAUCUGAACUCUCUCCUCCAAACUUUGUAUCAUCUUCCCUACUUCAGGAAGGCUGUAUGUCACUCUCCCACCGAGAAUAAUAUGCCAUCUGGGAGCAUCACUCUGGCCCUGCAGAAUUUAUUUAGUGAGCUCCAGUCCAGUGACAACACUGUCACGACAAAGGAGUUUAUGGAAGCGUUUGGAUGGAUUACAUAUAACUCUUUUCCACAACAUGAUGUCAAAGAAUUUUUUAGAACUUUAUUUGAGAAACUGGAAGAGAAAAUGAAGAAAUUAUUUGAGGGGCACCAUAUGGACUUCAUUGAAUGCAUCAAUGUGAACUAUAAAUCUACCAGGAGGGGAUUAUUUUAUGAUCUUCAGCUUGAUGUCAAGGGUUGUCGUGACAUUUAUGCCGCCUUAGAUAAGUAUGUUGAAGAGGAAUGUCUUGAGGGUGAUAAUAAAUAUCAUGCUGGAUCAUAUGGCUUGCAGGCUGUAUGUCACUCUCCCACCGAGAAUAAUAUGCCAUCUGGGAGCAUCACUCUGGCCCUGCAGAAUUUAUUUAGUGAGCUCCAGUCCAGUGACAACACUGUCACGACAAAGGAGUUUAUGGAAGCGUUUGGAUGGAUUACAUAUAACUCUUUUCCACAACAUGAUGUCAAAGAAUUUUUUAGAACUUUAUUUGAGAAACUGGAAGAGAAAAUGAAGAAAUUAUUUGAGGGGCACCAUAUGGACUUCAUUGAAUGCAUCAAUGUGAACUAUAAAUCUACCAGGAGGGGAUUAUUUUAUGAUCUUCAGCUUGAUGUCAAGGGUCGUCGUGACAUUUAUGCCGCCUUAGAUAAGUAUGUUGAAGAGGAAUGUCUUAAGGGUGAUAAUAAAUAUCAUGCUGGAUCAUAUGGCUUGCAGGAUGCUAAGAAGGGUCUCUUGUUCAAUGACUUCCCCCCAAUUCUUCAGAUUCACCUGAAGCGAUUUGAAUAUGAUUUUAUACGGGACACUAUGGUCAAGUUAAACGACUAUUUUGAGUUUCCCCUGGAACUUGAUCUGGAUAUAGAGGGUGGCAAAUACCUUUCGCCAGAGGCUGAAAGAGGUGAUAGAAACCUUUACACUCUUCACAGUGUUUUAGUCCAUAGUGGUGGCGUGCAUGGUGGACACUAUAGUGCUUUUAUAAGGCCAAAUCUUUCUCAUCAAUGGUAUAAAUUUGACGAUGAACGAGUGACCAAAGCAGAUGCCAAAGAGGCUUUAGAGGAGCAGUACGGCAGUAAAGAAACAAACUCUGGACUCGAUUAUCAAAAGUGCUCAAAUGCUUACAUGCUGGUAUACUUACGUGAAAGUGAGAAGGAGAAAAUAAUGUGCAAUGAAAACUUGCAGAGUGAAGAUGGACAAAAGGAGCAAAAUAAAAAAGAUGAAGAAUUUCUGACUGUAAAGGUAGCACUUGAUGAAGAUAUCAAACAGAAUCGAGAUCUUGACUUGGUAGAUCAUGAUAAAGUUAAAAGUUUUCAUAUUCAGAGACAGACACCUUUUCAACUUCUAAAGGAAAGAGUUGCUAGUGAAUUUGGUGUGCCGGUGAAAUGUCAACGUUUCUGGAUUUGGGCAAAACACCAGAGCCAUACACAUCGUCUUAUUGGGCCAUUGACACACGUUGAGGAAGCCCAAACUAUUGGACAGUUGACGGAAGCAUCUAACAAUACUUUUGAUAAAGUGCUGAAGUUGUUCUUAGAAGUAGAGCUUGGACUGGAUCUACUCCCUAUUCCUCCAUCUGACAAGACAGAAGAUGACAUUCUACUCUUUUUCAAGCUUUAUGAUCCUGAGAGAGAGGAGCUAAGGUAUGUCGGAAAACUUUUUGUGAAGUCCGCUAGUAAGCCGAUUGAUAUCUUCGCUAAACUAAAUGCAAUGGUCGGCUAUGCUCCCGAUGAAGAGAUUGAACUUUAUGAGGAAAUGAAGUUUGGAGCUAAUGCUGUAUGUGAACGCAUUGAGCCGAAUUCCACAUUUCAAUAUAACAAGCUUGUGGAUGGGAACAUUGUUUGCUUUCAAAGAUGUCUUCCAUUUGGAUAUCAUCUGAAAUAUCAGUAUCCGGAUGUUCAUUCAUUUUUGGAAUACAAAUCUAAUUGCCUGGAAAAAUCCCUUCCAAUACUUGAUGAACGAACGGGGAACCAAGCAUAG